CGCCUGCGCGCGGCGGCGCUUCCGUCGCGGCCCGAGGGCGAUCGAGGCGGGAGCCGGGCCCAGCCGCGCCGAGCCCAGCCCAGCCUGGCCCAGGACAGCCCGGCCCAUCCGCACCGACGACGCCAUGGCCAGCUCCCCCGUGUCCCGUGUGGUGUACAACGGCAAGCGGAGCAGCGGCCCGCGCUCUCCCGGCGCCGGCAGCGAGAUCUUCACCCCGGCCCACGAGGAGAACGUGCGCUUCAUCUACGAGGCCUGGCAGUGCGUGGAGCGUGACCUGCGCAGCCAGAUGGGCUCCGAGCGCAGUUUGGUCGAGGAGUACGUGGAGAAGAUGCCAAACCCGAGCCUGAAAGCGUUUAAACCUGUCGACCUGGGUGAUCUGAAGAGGAGGAAUACACAGGAUGCAAAGAAGUCCUAAGAUGAGUCUUGCUUGUGGAUUGGCCGGUCUCUUAAGGUCCUCAAGCAGAUAUAAUUUGAAAUUUUUGUGUUGAUUUCCUCCUCUGGUCUGUACUCCCCAAUGCCCGCAGGAGAGCCAGUCAGCUUUGGGGCUGGCUCUGAAGCUUCCUGAAAUCAGAGAUACUCAGGGGCUCACUGAGGGUGCCCAGAACCUGUGCAAAGAAUUCCAGCCCCCCACUCACACCUUCCUCUGGCCUCAGGCUGUCCUUCCCCACUGUGGCCUGGGCUCCCAGAUCUCCCGCUCUCCUCCACCUCCACCCCUGGUGUGUUGGGUGUGUGGACUCUCUGGUGUACAGCAGAGUGGAACUGGGGGGCUCUCUGCUCCCUCCUGUGCACCAAGGAUCUUCUGGGGCGGGCAGGGGAAAGGAGAGCUGGUUCUGUCCUUGUACUCAGGAGGGACAGUGAGACCCCCCAGCCCAGCUGGGGUGGGUCCCCCCGCAGGGAGCAGCUGGGGGGGUGAGCUUGUCCCUGGAUCUGUGUCCAAGCCAGACCCUCCUGGUGCUUGGGCUGGGCCCUGUGCCGCUGGAGACAGAGAUAUUCCUCUCUCCCUGCAGCUGGGGGAAGUGGGGUGUGAGCACUGCCCCCGUGCCUGGGGGGUGCUCUAGGGGGGGCUGGGCUGCACUCAUCCCCCACACACUCAGGGGCAGCCCCAGGGGAGGUGGCAGGGAGGGGGCAGCUGGUGCUGACUGUGCAGAGGGGUGGUGGUUGGCACCUUGGCCCUCGCUGUGCUGUUCUGCACUAACACCACUUCCCAGUCGCGUGCCCUUGGAGCAGAGCUGCCCCCCCCUGCUGGAGCUGUCACUGUGGGGGACCAUGGGAGCAGCCAGUGGGAAGGGGACUUCUGGGGGCUCUGCCCAGCGCUGGGGGGUGCAGGGGGAGCCGUGGCUGCCGUUACUUUUCCUCUGUUGAGUCAUUGAGCUGUACUGUUCCCUUUUUUUUUUUUUUCUGUUGUCUGUCACUUGAGGAGUGUUGUAAAUAAAAACCUGGUGUCCUUUUG